GUCUUGUGACUACCGAACACGUCCUAUUUCAUAGUCGCUUAAAUCACGUGACUUUCAAAUGUCACCUUUUUUUUCAUUCAUAAGAAAUAAUAUUAAGCAUGGUACUUUAACUGAACGAUAUAACACAUAUAGAAGAUAUUUCUACCAUGGAUUCAUCAACUUUAAUAUUGAUAGUGAUGUUGGGGAUUUAUUAUGUAAAAGUUGCAGAUACAAAAGAUUUCUGUAAAGCUGAGAAAAUUUUAUCAAACAGAUUUGAAACAAAGUGUGUUUUGUGUUCAGAAAAUUCGAACAGUGACUGUCCAAGAAAUGCCACAAAAUUAACAACAGACAAUGGACAUAAGAAUUGUCAAUUAGACUUGAACAUGGGCAAUGAGACGAAUCCCCGGAUUAUUACGAUGACGGGGUGUUCACAUAUUUGUUCCGAACAGAUUCCUAUUCCUUAUUGCUGUGACGGUUUUUAUGGUCCAAGCUGCUUCGCGUGUCCAACGUAUAACUGGAAAAUAUGCAACAACAAGGGUACUUGUAAUGACACCAUAAUCGGAAACGGAGAGUGCGCAUGUCACGCAAAUUUCACGGGAUUUGCGUGUGAGAAAUGUUUAGAGGACUCUGUGUACGGUGAAAAUUGUAAUCAAACCUGUGAUUGUGUAAACGGAGUCUGUGACAGUGGAAUUCUAGGUUCCGGAAAUUGUGAAUGUUCAUCGGGUUGGAAAGGAGACAGAUGCGAUGAAGAGAUCUCUGGUUGUGACUACAAGAAUUGCAGUGGGAAUUCCCGCUGCAUCCAAAUACCGGGCUCUAACUACACGUACUGUUCCUGUAACGUGGGCUACGAGAGAGACAUCAACGCAACGGAACACACCUGUAACCCUGUGGAUUUAUGUGCUAAUGGUAAACACAAAUGCUCCGAGAAUGCCACUUGUAUCUUCUCUGGACCGGCACUCUAUAACUGCUCCUGCCUAGAGGGGUUCCGAGGGGACGGUUACGUGUGUGAUCCUAUUGAUCCCUGCAGAGAGAUGUAUGGAGGGUGUAACUUUACAACAUCUAUAUGUACAUACCGAUCGCCAGGAAAGAGAGACUGUGUUUGCAAAGAGGGCUAUGAACUUUCCUCCAAUCAGACGUGCGAACUGAUCAAUCUGUGCUUAACCAACAGCAGCCUUUGUGACAAAAAUGCAGAUUGUCACAUGACUGGACCAUUAGAACACGAAUGCACCUGUCAUGAGGGUUAUGCAAGCGACGGAAAAGUUUGCUUUAACAAUUUAAUGGGUAUGAUAGAAGAUAUUCAUAACGACGACCCCAAGCUGGCGUCCAAGAUGACUUGGUCCAUUAAACUGGUCCAAAACAUUUACCAUGACGAGUUCCGUUAUCACGGGCCAUUCACAGUCUUCCUUCCGACAGACUUCGGAUUUAGAACGAUUUAUAGGAAGAUGGAUAUAGACGCCUUUCUUGCCGACAGUGAUUCUGCCAGCCAGAUUUUGCGACAACAUAUCAUUAUUGGAAAGUGGACGAUGGAGAACUUGACGCGAAUGGAUAAGUUUUAUACACUACAAGGGAAAGCAGCAGAAAUCCAGAUAAAAUCACGUGGAGAAAUAACAUAUCGGUACAGAUUAAGCGGGUCUCGGAGCAAAUCCUCCGUGAUCAAACAAGACAUAAUAGCUUCCAAUGGAAUCAUCCACGUGGUCCAAAAGCUGCUGACAAACGAGGCGAACGUCAAGGGAGACAACACGAAAUCCAUUUUUACACUGUUGAAAGAGGACAGGCGGUACAACACAAUGGAAUCUCUGAUAGUGAAAGCUGGCCUAAAAUCUGAAUUUGAAGAGGAUAAUAUAACUGUGUUUGCAUCCAGUAAUAGUGCGUGGAAUAAACUACCUAAAGGGGUCAUGGAGUACCUUAAAAGUGACGAGGGAUUAGAUAAAUUGAAGUUAAUUUUGAGACAUCAAAUUGUUAACGAAACGAUUGAGGUGGCGGAUCUAAUUAACCGGCGCAUGAUAAGGAGCAAUAGUCAAUCCGUUGUUGCAGUUUUGAUAACAACACAGGGACAAAUCCGUUUAGACAGAGAAACCAACGUGACACAGACGGACAUACCCGCGAUGAAUGGACUGUUUUACCACACUGAUAGCGUCCUCCUGCCCAUUGAUCCAGAUGAAAUUUUACCCGGAAUCUGCAGUUAUGAAAAUACCACCGAGGAGGAACCGGGUUACUGUAGGCCGUGUUUCGCAACCUUGGAGUGCGAGAAGGGACUCCCCACGGGGCAGAUAGACCAGUGCAGCCUGAAAAAAGCCAUCGUCAACCGGGAUCCACGAACUGGGAAGCUAAGUUUCUGGUUCACUACCAGUGCGGGCUGUCGAUCGAUUUGCAACACGACUGUAACGACACCGGUGUGCUGUCCGGGAUACUAUGGCGGGAAAUGUUCCUUGUGUCCAGGUGGAUAUAAAAAUCCAUGUUCUGGGAAUGGACAGUGUGUGGAUGGUUUGAGUGGAAAUGGCACGUGUGUUUGUGAUGAGGGCUUCUCUGGGACUGCAUGUGAAAAAUGUUCUGAUGCCAGAAAAUUCGGACCGGGAUGCAAUAAAACUUGUACGUGCUUGCACGGGCAUUGCAAUAAUGGACCACAAGGCGAUGGAAAAUGCAAGUCGUGUUUCCGGAGCGGACCCAGAUAUUUUUGGAGUGUCCGGUCCCCUAAAUAUAGUGGAGAAAACUGUGAUAUCAUCUAUAAACCAUGUUCCGUUAGUUUGCACGCCCUGCCGUGCCAUAUUGAUUCGUCCUGCAUCAGAAAUGGAACAUCAUUUCGCUGUGUGUGCGAUCGGGGCUACGAAGGGGACGGGGCCGUCAAAUGCACCCCCAUUAACCCGUGCAAGAAGCCAGGAAGAGGGGGCUGCCACAAACAGGCCAUAUGUAAGAUGGACGGGCCGGGCGGAAACACGUGUACCUGUAGCGAGGGGUGGACGGGCGACGGUAAAUACUGCUACGCAGGAUCUCAAUGUGGCGAUCACCAACACUGUCACAAGCACGCCUCCUGUAAAACUGACCCGGCGCAUAAACAGCCUCUUUGUUGGUGCAAUGAUGAUUUCCAUGGCAACGGAACUUUCUGUAUUCCAAAUAAUAUCUGUAAAUACCACAAUGGGGGUUGUCAUUCCAGGGCUACCUGUACACCUCUGGCUCCAGGCCUGAAUAACUGCACGUGCUGGAGAGGGUAUGCAGGGGACGGGAUAUUCUGUAUACCCACCAUCAACGAACUUAUCCUUAACCACCCUAAUCUCACCAAAGUAGCAGCAUUUGUUAAAAAACUAGGUGAUGACAGUAUUCUACAAUAUGAUAUGGACAGAUACACAUUCUUUGCUCCAACAGACGCCGCCAUGGACUUCUUGAUGAGAAGAAGAAAAACGGACUUUUUUUCUGAUGAUGACAAUAUUCUCAUGUUCAUCAAUGUCCACACCGUGUUGGGAGAAAAUCGUAUAGAAGAUUUACGUGCCUCUGUGAAUGUGGUAGAUCGAUUCAAUACAUUGUCCGACGGCUUCUUCCUUCAUUUCAAAGUUGAGAAUGGGAGCGUCCUCAUGUCAACAAAUAACAAAUUUGCCAUUACAUCAAAAAUAGUGAAAAGCAAUCUCGUUGCCGCCAAUGGUUAUGUUCAUAUCGUAGACCGGGCCCUUGAGCCCGAGUUGGAAAAUGACGGACUUCCCACUCUAGAUGAUUUUCUGAAUGCCAGCAUCGACACCACGAUCUUCAGCGACUGGAUGAAGACAAAAGGACUGGUGGACGAAAUCAUGAAUAUGAAUCAAUACACCUUGUUUCUACCAAUCAAUGAAAAAUUCGAAGAUGAAGAACUCCAUCCAACAUAUAUAACCAGCAACUAUCUUCGUUAUUACGUCCUGCCCGUUAUCCGUCUGGCGGAAUCUUUUGAUGAUUUAGAAGACGUGGACACAAUCCUUGGACCACGGAACAAGAUCUCUUUUAAAGUUUAUAGUAAAAAGGUGUUUCUGAAUGGUGAACGGAUGAUUGUCAAAAGCAACAUUUUGACUGAUGGGGGCGUGGUCCAUAAAAUCGCUGGGUAUAUCCACCCAAAUCUCCAAGUCUGUGACGUAAUCAAUAGAACCGUUGUUCAUAGCGCAUGCGUACCCUGUGAUGUUGGACACUACCAGUGUCCAAGUGGAUACUCAUUAGAAACAGACACUGUCACCAAGGGGUGUGUCUAUUCUAGCGGAGGGGCACUAUACAAGGGCUGCAACUCUCUUUGUUCAAGGGAAGAAAAGAUACAGGGAUGCUGUUCCGGCUUUUAUGGGGAGAACUGUUUAGCUUGUGAGGGUGGAUCAGAGUUUCCUUGUAAUAACAACGGGAAUUGUAGCGAUGGAACAGACGGUGACGGAACGUGCACGUGUUUCCCAGGAUACACAGGAACUUCCUGUCAGUUGUGCAUAAACAGUACCGACAACACCACCUCAGAAUGUGCAAGAUCAUGUGCCUACCACAACGGCGGUUGUCAUGAGAAUGGGACAUGUCUCGAGCAGGCCGGAAGUGUGGCAUGCACUUGUCCGCAGGGUUCUGUAGGAGAUGGCCAUCGCUGUGUGAAACCAUGUGAAGAAAACAAUGGAGGAUGCCACCAGUUUGCUGUUUGCAAAGAAUUGGGUGAAAAUAUAACGGAAGUAGAUUGCUCAUGUCAAGGACAGUAUCAAGGCAGCGGCUUGUAUUGCUCCCCCGUACCAAAGAAAUUAUCUUCAUCUGUAACGGCAGGAGUUACAGUGGGAGGAUUAGUGGGAUUUAUCAUUAUCAUCGGAUUAAUCUUUUUUCUCAUCGUUGCAAUUAGAAGACGUCGACAUACAGAGUCUUUUAUGAGGAAAGAGAAAUUUGGCAGCACUGAGUCUUUUGAGAGGCUGCAUCCAACACCGGUCGGAGAGGAAAAUUACAUUGCUCUGCAUCCGUCCCCGCCAUCGGAAGUGAAGUUUGACAAUCCCAUGUACAACGUCAAGGAAAGUUUCGUGGGCGACGACCCUAAUUAACGGAAAACGUCCUGGCUACAUUUUUGUUUUCAUUUUCAUCAAACCCGAUCUGCUAGUAACUAUUAAAAAAUAGAAAGUAACUGUUUAAAAAAAACAGUAGCUGAAUGUACAGAUAAAACAAUAUGUCGUUUGUCGUAGAUGAACCGAGUGGUGACACUGUAAAUACAUAUUUUUUUCUAUUAUUAUUAUUUUUUAUAUCAUUGAUAUCAUUAAUUAAUUAUCUACAGACUUUGUUGUGCUUUUAUGACAAACUUGUCCGGUAUUCCGUGCACGCAUUGUACAUUUAUUGCGUGUCAUAAAUUCUAUAUUUUAUCAUCUGUGGUGGCUUUAUUUUUGCCAAUCAUGUUUUUUUUAGGAUGCAAUAAAUCAUUAAAUUAUAA